AUGUUCUCUUUUGCUAUGCGAAAUGCUCUCAUCGCUCUGACCACUCUAGCCGUCGCUGCUUCCGCUGCUUCUUCCCUUUCGCUGGAAAUAGCAGGUCCUGAUCAGGUUCAGACGGUGGAGAGCCUCAACGUUAUGGCCACUAUCACCAACACAGGAGACGAGGCAAUCAAAAUUCUCAAUGAUCCCCGAGGCCCUCUGUCCAAGCUCCCCACUGAUACCUUCACCAUUACUGAUUCCACAGGCGCUAAACCUGCUUUUACUGGGAUCAAAGUCAAGUAUGUGCCAAAGACUGCCGCUUCUAUUGGCGCAUACACCACCUUAUCCCCUGGCGAAUCCAUCAAAGUCUCGCAUAACCUCGGUGAGGCGUAUAACUUUACCGCACCAGGGGCUGGCGCAUACGACAUCCAGGCCAAUAACCUCUUCUACAUCGUCAAACCCGACAACUCUGUCUCCCCUAUUUACGCAGACCAUGCCUCGUCGCACCGCGCCCAUAUCUCUGGAAAGCUGGCGGUAACCCGACCCGGUGCUGGCGCCCUCUCCAAACGCGCAAGCUACACUGGCUGCAGCUCCUCGCAGCAGUCCGCGCUCGUCUCCGCCGCAUCAGCAGCGCAAAGCUAUGCCGCAAGCUCGCUGUCCUACCUCAAGUCGCACACGUCCGCGACAACGCGGUACACGACAUGGUUCGGGACUUACACUGCUGCCCGUUAUUCCACUGUCCUAUCGCAGUACACCAAGAUAAACUCGAACACGUUCUCGUCGUUCACAUUUGAUUGCACAUGCACCGAUUCUGGCACGUAUGCGUAUGUGUACCCCGAUACAUUUGGACAUGUAUACCUAUGUGGUGCGUUUUGGAGUGCACCCACCACUGGAACCGAUUCAAAGGGCGGAACCAUCAUUCACGAGUCUUCCCACUUCACCUCAAACGGCGGAACUGACGAUAACGCUUAUGGCCAGUCAGCUUGCAAGUCACUUGCGAAGAGCAACCCUGACUCGGCCGUAGAUAACGCCGACUCUCAUGAGUAUUUCUCUGAGAAUAAUCCUUCCCUCGCUUGA